AUGUCGUCCAAGGUUUUUCAAACACUUCGUGAAAGAGCAGAAAUUCUCAUUCCUUUAGAGGAUCGUAAAAAUUACCCGCUAUUUCACAAGGAUUUAAAAUCACUUGAAGACAGGACAACACAAUUAACGACAUCGCUAAAAACCACACCUGAGCGGCAAGCAGAGGCUCACUAUUUUUUGAAUAGCAGUGGUAUAAACACAACGCGUUUAUCAACACCGAAUAAUUAUGACAAUUUUUUCCAAGAAGUUGAGAUACAACAUAAUACCGAUCUCAAAAAAUUUUUGCAGGAAGAGCAUGAAAUGAUCUUAAUUGAUAUAAUUGAGGAGCAACGCAAAGUGAAUUAUGAGGAUUUUGAAUCUUUCUAUGAAAAGCAAUAUGCGGAUUACACAAGUGCAAUCGACACAGAACGUAUGGAAGAAGAAAUAAACGCGAAUGACUAUAGAGAAUUUGAGCAAUAUAACAAUUCAAUGGGCAUUAGAAUUAAUGAUUACGCCAAUGUUAUAACACAGCUCAACGAGCAGAGGUUAUCUGAUAUGGAUUUUAAUCUGAUCGAUCCUUUAUCUAAACAACGUAAUAUGUCCGAACUACAAAAGUUUCAGGAUAGUGCUACAGAAGCAUGGAAUAUAGUCGAUCAUUUGGUUCAUCAUACAGUAACAGAUCAAACGGACGAAGAACAACGCUUAGAAGGACGAUAUGUUAAAAGCUAUAUUGCAAAGGAUAGUCAAAGUGCAGAAGCUGUUCGUGUUCGUCGCCAGCUUAUUCAGUCUUCUAAGAAAUGGUUAGAGGAGGAUUAUAUGCGAUCGUUGAAUGAGUAUUUGAAUAGAAACGCAGCAAAGAUUCAGAUAGGCGGUAUUCCCUGUUAUUCGUAUCGUUUAUGGGCAUACAUCGAACAUGUAUACAAAAGCUCUUCGUCCCCAGGAUGGAUCAACAAGCAUUUGGAAUUAAAGGAGGGCAAGCCUGUGUGGGUAUUCAUAUACCAUCUAUUACGCAGCGGACAAUAUGAAUUAGCUAUGAAAUAUGUCAAUCAUAAUCGCGAGCUUUUUACAACCGAGAGAGAUUUCCCUCUUUACUUUAGCGAAUUUAUGACAUCUGAUGACCACUGCGUGUCAAGAACGACUAAAGAAAAUAUUUUAGCCGAUUAUAUUCAAUUGGAAAAUGGUGGAGAACGGACAGACCCUUAUAAAAAGUUAAUUUACAAGAUCAUGGGACGAUGUGAAUUACUUAUAAAGAGUUCAACCGAUAUUAUUAAGACAACCGAGGAUUAUAUUUGGCUUCAAAUGAUGUUGAUAAGAGAGGUCACGGACAUUGAACCUAACGAAGCUGAACGCUACAGAUUGAGUGACUUCCAAGAUCAAAUUACACAAAACAGUAGAGAGUACGGUUCAGAAGGUGCCAAUCCAUGGAUUUAUUUCAAAAUUCUCUUAUUGACGUUGCAGUUUGAAAAAUCAAUCGACUUCCUUUAUAAACACAAGCAUCUUCGCUUAGAAGCUGUUCAUUUUGCUAUUGCUUUAUACUAUUACGGAUUGAUAAGGAUCCCUCCCCAAAUCAUCUACAUUCAAAAUGAUCUCAAAAAUGCACUUCAAUAUCUACUUCUUCUAUCUGUUUACUCACCACAACAUGGUUAUUUUGACGACAGUAUGAUACAAACGGCGAAGCAUUACAUUUAUAAAUUUGUCAUGACGAAAGGAAAAUUCAGAGUACUCCUUGGAGAUAUUGACGAUACUCAGCGAUCACCUGGCCUAAUUGAGCUUCAAGCAAAGUUAUUACAUAUAAAUACUGCCAAGGAAUACGCUGAUCAAAUUCUGCACCCCAUAGCCGAACUAUGUGUGAAAACGGGUCGUUGCUUUGACGCAGUUUAUAUCUGUAGCUUAUCAGGCGAUUUCAAAAAAAUGGUUGAUGUAUUGAUUAAAAAACUAAGCGAUGCACUCCAGCAACCUCAAUUUUAUAGAACUGCCGAUCCUUCGCUGUCUACCGCUUCAAAUGAAGAGACUAUUAAAUUUGCCACGGAAACUCUUACUUAUCACGAAAAUCUCGAAGCUUUUGUCUCCACCAUUGACAAUCAACGUCGUCAUACUAUUAGUAAAUUGAUACAGCUUUUGCGCUUCCGUGACUUCUAUGAAAAGGAGCUUUAUGAACCUGCUAUGCAUGUAUUAGAAGAGGCCGAUGUGAUCCCCUUGGUCAACAACUUUGAGAAAAUACAAAUGCUGGUGAAUCAAUUCAAUACUUUGGACAGCAGCAUUCGUAAGACCGUGCCAGAAUUAUUGCUGAAUGCAAUGGAUAUCUUGUACAAGACAUGGUCUGCCCAUUUAUUGAUUAAAUCCGUGCCCGUAUCACAGAUUGACUCGUUGGAAAAGAAAGCACGCGCCGUUUUGACCUUUGCGGGUAUGAUCCAGUUCCAUAUACCCAAGGAUAUUAUCAUCCGUUUAAAUAGAGUUGAUAUGUUGAUGGAAACCAAGAGAAAGUCCAUUUAA